GUUGAAGAUUUUUUUCAUGUUGUAGAUGAAAUUGGAAGAGGAUCGUGUGGAAUCGUGCGUCGAGUUAUAGACAAGAAUUCAGGUAACCAGUACGCAUGCAAAUUCAUACAGUACAGUGACCUGGCUACCAGGGAUGAGUUAGUUCAAGAACUCGAAAUAUUGGCACUGCUCGACCACGCAAAUGUUGUUCAGGUGGUUGAUGGUUAUGAAAAUAAAAAGAGACUGGCCAUUGUCAUGGAAAUAGUGACAGGUGGUGAGUUGUUGCAAAGGCUGGUCACCGAAGAUUCUUUGACAGAAAGUGAAGUGGCUUACUACAUACGUCAACUGCUCAUUGCUCUCGAAUACAUGCAUUCGAACAAUGUCAUCCACCUAGACCUCAAACCUGAAAAUUUGCAUCUUUCUAACCAAACAACUGAUGAAUUGAAGCUAAUUGAUUUUGGCUAUUCGCGUCUGUUUCACCCUCUUCGUAAAUUGCACGUCAAAUAUGCCACACCUGAGUUCUGUUCACCUGAAGUGGUUAUUGAUGACACAAUCACUCCAGCCACUGAUGUUUGGAAUGUCGGCAUUCUUACCUAUUUGCUAUUAAGUGGUAUUUCCCCGUUCUAUCGAGAAACGCACAAGAAAACGUUGGCAGACAUCCGUGAUGGAAUGUGGGAAUUUGAUGCUCAGGCAUUUGCUGACAUUUCUGCUGAAUCGAGAGAUUUUAUCAGCAAGCUCCUCCAAACAGAUCCUAAGUAA